AUGAUCGACCGCGUAUUCGUUCUUCUGACGGUCGUCCAUACGAUCCUCGAUCCCGCGACGGGAUACAACGUUCUGAUGGCUACGAUGGGUGGCACGAAAUCGCACACCGUACCGUUCGUCGCUCUGGGAACUAGCCUGAAGGCACGUGGCCACAACGUGACGCUUGUCAGCGCGUUUCCUGGUCCGGCGGCGAACAACGGGCUCCAGGAGUUCGUACCACCAAUUUUCGAGGCCUACGUCGGGAAUUACACGUCGGAAUGGGAUUUGGUGGGCGCAAGGUUCCGCAACGAGCUGCCUAUCUCGCCAUGGGACGCGAUGCGAUACGCCUGGGAAGCUUGCGAGGCGCUUCUUCGCGACGAAGUGUCGGUGACCAUGCUGAGGAAGCCGGACGGAAAUCCACGUGCCAGGUGGGACGUCGCGGUGGUGGACGGAGCCUUUCCAGAGUGUCUUCUUGGCGUUCUUCACAGGGAAAAUGUGCCCACGAUAAUGCUGAACACGGUGGCCCUGUACAGUGGCUCGAUAGGGCGUCAAGGUAAUCCGUCGCCUUGGUCGGUCACGCCAUACUUCGGGAAAUCGUUCACGCAGGACAUGAACAUCGUCGAGAGGGUACUGAACGUCGCCUGUCUCCUCACCCUCAGGAUCAUGCAUUGGAUCAUGGUCGCUGGAUACGUGCAACCCGUUCUACGUCGAUAUCUAGGGGAUCAGCUACCCGAUGUACGAGACUUGACUGCAGAGGUACCGUUGACGUUACAGAACAGUCACUACAGCGUGGCCGACUCCGUCCCGUACUUGGCGAACGUCGUCAACGUUGCCUGCCUUCAUUGCAACCCAGCCAGCAAACUUAGCAACGACUUGGACAGCUUCUUGCAACGAGGUUUCAUCUUCGUCUCGAUGGGUUCGUCGGUACGCGCAUCGGGUAUGCCGGAGGCGUUACGUCAGAUGUUCGUCGCGGCGUUCGCCACCGUUCCGUGCAACGUCGUAUGGAAAUGGGAGGGCGGGAAGAUCAAAGAUCUACCGUCGAACGUCCGAACGGCGGCUUGGUGGCCGCAGCAGGAUCUCCUCGGGCACCCCAAGUUACGAGCUUUCGUCUCCCACGGCGGUCUGUUGUCUUUACACGAAGCCGCCUAUCACGGAGCCCCGACUCUCGUUCUGCCGGUCUUUUGCGAUCACGAUGGAAACGCCGCGCAGGCAGAAAAGCUGGGCUACGCUCUCGUGAUGGAUCUGGCCAGUAUAUCGAUCGGAAAUCUUCGGGAGGGGAUCUUGAAGGUGGCAGCGGUGCACAAUAAUUCGUAUCGUACGGCAGCGAAGAAACGGAGCUCGUUGUUACGGGAAUUGCCGAUUAGCCCCACGAAAUUGGCGACUUGGUGGGUGGAACACGUUGCCAAGUACAAGGGUGCCGAACACUUGAAGAGCUCGACAAGAUACAUGGGCGUCAUACAUUACUAUUCCAUCGACGUGGUGAUAUUUUACGCGAUAAUGUUGCUGCUGCUCGUGUACGGGCUGAAGAAGCUUUGCUGGCGAACGAUAUCGAAGGAAGCUGUUAAUAAAAAGAAACUAGACUGA